AUGGCUCAAACCUUAGACCCGAAAGAAGACAUUCCCCACCCCAACCUCCCAUUGCCAAGUACCAGCGCGCUGGGUCUCACACGAACGUAUGCCCGUGAAUGGACUUCGGCCCAUGCAUUUCGGGAGUUCUACCAAAACUGGAAAGAUGCAAUCAUCCAGUCAUACAAUCUAAAGUCGAUGGACUUCAACCCCGACUUAGCGGACAAGAAGGACGAGAUAUUGAUCACAAUCCAUCGCCACUCUCCCACUGGACUGGUGGAGGAUUGCAUGGGAUAUAUCAGAUUCAAAAAAGAGACUGGGACGGUGGAGUUCACCAACUUUGGUGCCAUUCUGGCCCGUAACUGCCUUGAGAUGGGCUACUCUACCAAGACCGAAGACGCACGAUUAGCAGGUAGAUACGGUGAGGGCCUCAAGGUUGCGGCAUUGGUCAUGCGCCGAAAUGGGUACCACGUUCGGAUCUGCAGUAAUAGCAGAUUUUGGAACUUUGGAUUCAGAGGGAAAUCGAAAAAUGAGUUCUACUACCAACUGAAUCGAGCCAGCGAAAGUCGAGUGCACACCCUGAGAACUGCAUUCAACAACGCGCAUGAAAGCGGUACGGCACGUAAAAUGAGUCCUAACAUCUGGGAAGAUGUCUCUGUGACUGUCGGGCAAAUUCGGGGACAUGGCCAACCGGUUGACUUGGAUACUUUUGCCAACUGGCUGGAAGUGACCAUAGAUCUGCACCACCCGUGCAAGCUCGUCUGUACACUCUAUGGAAAAUUGAUCCUGGACCCAGCAUAUGCCGGUCAAUUAUACGUAAAGGGGCUCCGGGUGACGUUAGCCGACUGCAGGGAAACCCAAUACCGAUAUGGCUACGAUUUUUUGACUCCGGAUAUGUCCCCUAACCGAGACCGCCGGCUUGAGGUGCAUCCCGAACGGGAAGCAAAAGCGGUGGCCGCGAUCUGGGAGGCAGCGAUCAGACAGGAUCAAGACGUCAUUCACAUAUACACUGACCUCCUCAAACUGGACAACUCCGCGGAUGUGGCCUUUGCAGACACGAAUAUCACAGAAGCCACUGCGCAGAAGGUAUGGGCAUGCCUUGGCGCUGAUGCGCGAAAGGACGGUCUUUUUUACUUUCCAGCAGGAUACGAAGCAGAUAAUGUGCAACUGAUUCGACAUGAGCUCAAAUACGAACCCAUCCCCCUACCGUACUCACUUUGGAAGCUCCUUCGGAAGUACGGUUUGGCGAAAUUGCCGUUCGAGGAAAUCUACCAUCAAUUUCAGCAGUCACGAGAAGUUGAGCCCCCAGCCACGCUCUUUGCUCAGGAGACGAGCAGAGCAUUUGGCGCCCUAUUCGGUAGGCACGCUCCAGACAAGGAGACCCGGAUCGUCUAUGUUCACUUUGCAGAUAAUCUGCCGAACAUGGCAUUUUCGAAGGAACACAACAUCCUUUACGUACACGAGAAGUGGCUCGAUUCUGGCCGGGCCCACGGGACUUCGCCAUGUGAGAUGUCUGAGGUUGGAGUGAUCCUCACCGACAUGUUCUGCGACCACAUAGUGGAUGAUAUGUUCAAGAGUGCAAUCCUUGCCGUACGGCGGCCGAUUGACCCCCCGUAUAACUUCAUGGUCAAAGAUGUGCAGUCCCUGCAGAGUCUGGUCCGCAACUGCAAGGGAAAGACUCGUGAGAUGGCAUUUAAUGUACAAGUUGCGGCGGCCAAAUCAACAAAUUCACUUCGUGUAACAUGGAGCGACAGCUACAGUCGAGCUUUUGCAGAAACAUUCAGAUCACUUGUGGAGUACAUCGUCGUAUUGCACGGGGCUGCCUGUAUACUUGAGGCUCAAAGACUCUGGUACAGGGAGAACAGCAUUACGUGUGACUGUCCCAGACAAAUUGUGCAGUUGGCUCCAAAUGGUAUGGAAAACGUUGCGGUCUUUGAAAGCUUAGAUGAUAAGCCUCGCUUUCCCAUGGUAGCACGUUUCCGACAAUCAUCUGCAGAGCCAUCUCUAUGGGCUCUUCCACCUCCCCCUAUAUCGCCAAUCAACACAUCGGCUGAGGGAAUCCUAGAUGAGACAACUCUCGACGGAAGAGAAAAUGAUGUUGAAAGCGAUGAGGGCUCAGAGGCGUACAGCCCCGUCCUAGAAGUCCCUCAAAUCAUGCAUCACGACAGCGAGAGGUUACAUGAACUAUCAGAAGACACUGUGGCAAUGGUGGUUACCUAUGAACAAUACGCUGAAAGAACGGCCGUGUGUAAAGCACAGAGUCUAGCUGGAGUGCGAGCAAUCUCACAGGUCCGAAGUGGGCAGUAUCUUCGGGUCCCCACCGACUCUUCGUUAUUCUGGAUCUUAUACGUCCACGAAGUCCUGUAUGAGGAUCAUUGUGCCCGGUUGCUUGUCACGAAGUACUCCUCGUACUCCAGUCUUUUGCAGUCCGACGGCAUACCCGAAGCAGUUCAGCAAAAGGAGCUGUUGCUUCAUUUCAACGAUUUCCAUCACAUGGGUAAGAUGGAGGAUGCGGAUUGGGUGACAACAGAUGACUUACCAGAUUUAUCCUCCACGGAGAUAAGUGUUCAUCAUGGGACCGAGAAGCCAGGUAAGCUUAAUGGAAACUCUCAUACUAACUACUUUUGCCGAUUCGCUAUCCGUAACACGGAUGAUCUGACAAACUGCUCUCUGUUGCCCCUCAGAACCCAAGUGCCGAACAUGACAGGGAAAUACAAAGUGCCAGUCCUCUCUGCGCUUCCUGCUCCGAUGGUGAUUGACUUCUCCCCGAGAGACAUCGGCCUCUCUGUGGGAUUCAAGAGAGCGGGAUGUCACAUCGAGAGAGGGGUCGGUGAAUCAGAUAUACAUCCUCUUUGGCAGACACAAAACCCGGAUGCUCGAAUCGCCAAGGACGUGGAUGAAGGACUCCAUGCUCCAGAGCAGAUUUUAAACCCUCGGAUGUCCAGCAUCGCGAUCAUCUCAAGCGCCAUCCCAACCAAGCCCGGCGAUUCGUCUGCCAAUAGCCUGGCCUCCGCUAUGGACACAUGUCGUCGCGUAGCCCAACAUACGAAUAGAACAGACUUCAUCUUGCUUGCGAUUCACUACGCCAGCUGGGUAGAAUGCGCUUCCAGCUCACUGAAGGACGUAAUUUCUUGCCUUCUGGAAGCGCAGUACUCAGUACAUGUCCGUCUCCAUACAGUCUCAGCUGGUCUCCCGGAGGACAGUCCAGCCCUGUUCGUACUUGCGGCCCCUUUUUGCACGAAUCCUCAAUAUUUGGACGACAUCCUUGGUGACAUUAACCAUGCACGUAUGGGAGCUGAAGUCUCUUUCAACACUCACGACCCUGUGGCAAUUGCCGCAACGAAGGGAUUUGAUGAUAGCAUAGCUGGUGCACUCAACCCAUCCAAUUACGAACAGGUUAUACAGGGUGUCUCGCCCAUUUUUGCACAUCAAAUUGCAACGGCCGCAGGAUACUUUUUCGUUCCUUUUAACAGCUAUAUUUCUUCUGCGAUUUAUGUUUUCUUCACUCUACCUGGACACCUAGCCAUGGAUAAAGAGACUCUGCGUACCAUCCGCUCUAUAGGACGACAGAGAGCAAUGAAUAGCUACUACAAAACUUGUUACGUUCUUCUGCGACUUCUCGAGAAACUCAUCAUCUCGGCAGAGAAGGAACUCCUUUCACUGUCUAAAUCAGAAUCCGAUGAUGACUUCUGCUACGAUGCGGCGGCAAAAGUGGCAAUCAGGAUCCAUAAAGCUACUCGGGAAUUUAAGAAGCUCAAAGCUGAUGCCAUGAGUGCUUGGCUAACCCUCCAGAGAGCUUCGCGAACGGAAUCGAUGGUUGACUCGUAA